AGUUAGAGAGACAACAGACUAAGUUUCGCGCUCUUAGAACCACUGAACGGCAUCAUCAGCGAGUGCAGAGAGCAAACGGACAGGAUCAGAUAAACACAGUGACUCGGUAAUGAAGGUCCUGCUCCUCAUCCUCACUCUCUACCUCGUCUCAGGUCCAGUGGGCUGUGUUGAAGUGACUGGGUACACAGGAGGAAGUGUCCUCAUCAACUGCAUAUAUGAUUACAUGAAAUACAAGAAUCACACAAAGUAUUUCUGCAAGUUAAACCAAAAAAAAGAAUGCACUGACCAGAUUCUUUUAAAGACACAGAACAUAGGAGCUCAUGAUGGAAGAUUCUUCUUAAUGGAUGAAACUCAGCCUGGAAUGUUUAGUGUGCUCAUUAAAAACGUAAGUCAGCAGGAUGGUGGGACCUACAGGUGUGGAGUGGAAGACAAAACAGCAAAGCCUACAGACGUAACACUGCAAGUGAAAGAAGAUCCUUGUUGUGGAAAGACACUCACACAGGAAACUCAUCCAGGAGAGACUGUUAGCUUUACCUGUAAAUAUCCACAGGAGUCUAAAUAUCUCUACAAGUACUUGUACAAAGUGACAGAUCACAGCUAUCAUGUGGUCAUAUUUGCUCUUGGACUAUUGGUACAAAAUGGGACGUUUUCUCUUUUUGACCAUCCACAAGAAAACCUCUUCAACGUGAGCAUCAGUAACGUGACUGAAGAGGAUGGAGGAGUUUACCUGUGUGGAGUUCAGGGACAAAAGGAUGGAGAUCUGAAACCUUACUACUCCCUCUUCAAUGAAAUACAGCUUCAUGUUACUCCAUCUAGAGCACAUGCUUCCUCCAUCAACAUCAUCAUCAUCAUCAUUGCGGGUGUCUGUGUGGCUCUACUGCUAAUUGGAGGAUCAGCACUGAUCGUCUACAAACUGAGACAUAAAAAGAUACAAGAUUCGGCGCCCUCUUCAUCAAACAGAAGAAACACAGUAAAUAGUGAUGAGGUUCAUCACACUCCCUAUUAUGAGGAGAUUCCAGACACUCGGGCCUCCAGUACAGUUUAUGCCACCACUCAGGAUCCAGAUCCUCACACUGCUGCUAACCAAAGUGCACACCCACCCACAGCCACCCCAGUCAAGGAUACAUACUCCAUGGCACAACUGUCCCACCCUGCAGCCGAAUCUUCUGCAGAGUAUGCCACUGUGGACCUCUGUGCAUAAGGAGACAAACUACAUGAUGGUAU